CACGCCUGUCUGCUCUCUAGUUACAGUAUGGCGGCUGGGACUUGCGGAGGAGGACAACUUCUUCUAGAUUCCUUCCAGAAAACUGAAGGAAGGCGACGGCUAUAACUCAAAACCGCCACAGCAAACACUACCUGGACUGAGAUAAACGACGACAGCGCGACGUGUGGCUUGUACAGAGCUUUUUCCUGGAUGAUAAUCGGGCUGGUGUGAUGCGUGAGGAGCCGCAGUCAAGAAACUCCCCUGAUUUUUCCGCGUCUGUUUCUGCCCUGACUGUCAGUUAGCCGGCUAGCUGUUCGGCAGCAAACCCCUUCAUGCUAACAGUCGCUUGCAGGGCUCCGUAGUAGCCAAACCACGGGCUAGCUUGUUGCUUUAUUUGCUCCAGGAGACAGGGAUGGCAUUUCGCCCCCACUCGGUAAGCGAACUGGUCGAGAAGGGUGGGGAGAAAACAUUUGAGGACCUAGAUGAUAAGUUUGUCAGCACUCACUAGCCUAGCCUAGCCUAGCCUAGCUUGCUGGUACAACGCCAGAAAACGUUGGCCGACAGUUAGCGCUUCGCCUGUCCACUAGCGAGCUAGCCAAUUAGCAUUUUAGUUGCACAAGAAGACCAGCUAAUCCCCGGUUCAUCCCGGCUGAGUGUUUGAAGCCUCUGCACUAACUAAUUCAGACGGAGAGUGGGCACUGAACUGCUUUAGUUGGCGGACCUUUAAUUGACCGUUAAUGUAUUACAACUCAGGGGUGUUUUGGUUUUCAGUCUUGCUAGGUGUCGUUAGCAAUCUUAUAGGUGUACUCUGGAGGGAGUGGUAACGUUAGGUAGCUAGCUAAGGUUCCCUGUAUCAGGGCAACAAGGUCACUCAGAUUAUGACAAGCUGUAAAUGACAAAAAAGAUUACAGAUGACACAUUACUGAACGUCAAACGUGUGUAAACCGACUGGCGUGUAGCACAUCGGGGAGUGUGCCUGUUGUUAGCUUGCUGCAAGACAAGACUUAACCCAGCUAGAGAGCGCGCUAUAAUUUAGUUAACUGCUCCUGAUAGACAUCAGAUAGUUUCCUGAACUGACAAGGCACUUGAUCAACAGUCACAAUUAUUGACGUGAGCCCUUGCAGUCUUGGGGGACUAAAGAUCAAGUCUGCAGUGGCUGACUGGCUUCCCUCACCUACUUCAGUGCUGGAAGAGUUUGAUGGACGUGAAAGGCUGUUUGCCAGGCUGUCAGUGCUAUACUCAGUCAUGUAUGUCUUGACACAUGGCACCCUGGUCUGUACAUAGUGCCUGCUGUCAGAUAUAGGUUUCGUUAUGUAGCUUUGGUGGACAGUCAGUGAAGGGAAUGUCUUGUCUUUUUUAUACCUGUUGGUUUGUUUUUUAUUUUCAUUUUUUUCAAACACAGGAGAGUCUUGUUGAAACAAAGUGGGAAAGCGGUACAGCCCGGGCUGUGUACAGUGGACAAUGUUUAUAAGUUAGUGCCUAAAAGCUCAAAGGACGAACAAUUCUGCCUACAUACAGGCCACAUAUAUUGUAGGUUAUUCAUUGGGGAUUGCAAUAGAAGGCUGCCACUCUGGAUCAAGAAAACUUGUCCCUCGUGUCUGGUUGGAGUAAUACUCUCAAGCCAAAAUCAAUGCCUUCAGCGCUGGCUGUGUUCGCCUGCCGACCCAACUCGCAUCCAUUCCAGGAGCGGCAUGUGUACCUGGAUGAGCCAGUCAAGAUUGGCAGGUCGGUGGCUCGGUGUCGCCCGGCCCAGAACAAUGCCACCUUUGACUGCAAGGUUCUGUCCAGGAAUCAUGCCCUGGUUUGGUUCGACCACAAGACUGGCAAGUUCUACCUGCAGGACACUAAAAGCAGCAAUGGGACGUUCAUCAACAGCCAGAGGUUGAGUCGCGGCUCGGAGGAGAGUCCACCCUGCGAGGUCCUCUCCGGAGACAUCAUUCAGUUUGGUGUCGACGUCACUGAGAACACACGCAAAGUCACCCAUGGCUGCAUCGUGUCAACAAUCAAACUCUUCCUACCUGAUGGGAUGGAGGCACGCCGUCGAAGCGAUGUCAUCCAGGCUCCGUUACCACUACCUGUAGACAAGGUUGCAGCCAACACUCCCAGUAUGUAUUCUCAGGAACUGUUCCAGCUCUCCCAGUAUCUACAGGAGGCCUUACACAGAGAGCAGAUGCUGGAGCAGAAGCUAGCCACUCUGCAGCGUCUGUUAGCCACCACUCAGGAGGCCUCAGAGAGCAGCUGGCAGGCUCUGAUUGAUGAGGACCGUCUUCUCUCCAGACUGGAAGUGAUGGGCAGUCAGCUACAGGCUUACUCUAAGUCCCAGACGGAGGAAGGGAUCCGUAAGGAGCUCUUGGCUCUCCAGGAGGACAAACACAACUACGAGACGACAGCCAAGGAGUCUCUGAGGAGAGUCCUGCAGGAGAAGAUCGAGGUGGUCAGGAAGCUGUCGGAGGUGGAGCGCUCGCUCAGUAACACGGAGGAUGAGUGCACCCACCUGAAGGAAAUGUCUGAGAGGGGCCAGGAGGAGCUGAGGGAACUCGCCAACAAGUACAACGCCGCUGUCAACGAGAUCAAGGAGCUCACAGACAAAAUCAAGGCGGCGGAGGGCCGGCAGGAGGAGCUGACCCAGCGGGGGGCGACGGAGAAGAGGGAGUUGGAGCUGCGGAUCGAGGAAAUGGAGGAGAAGGAGCAGGUUCUCCAGGCUCGCAUCGAGGCUCUGCAGGCCGACAACGACUUCAGCAACGAGAGGCUCGCCGCUUUGCAGGUGCGGUUAGAACAGCUACAAGAGAAAAGCAUUAAAGAGAACAACAGUCUGGAUGUCAACAUUGUCUCCCACGGACCAGUAGAGGAGCCUGUCGAGGACAAACAGAGCCAGCAGACACCCGAGAGCCACGAGGAAGACGAAGAUGAGGAGGAUACAGACACCGAUGAUGGUGCAGUUGGUGAAGAUGAAGAUAAUGAUGACAACUGUCAUGUAAACAACAGCGGAGGAGACUCGACUAGAAUCCAACAGUUGAUUGAGUGUCCGCCCGUCAAACAGCUGAAGGAGACUGUAAGUUCUUCAAUCCACAAACUGGCCAACUUUGAUGAAGUGAUGGACGCCCACCUACAGAACAACCAGACGGCCGAAGACGACAUCCUGGCCAGUCCUGAUCGACUCAAAGGGAAUCAGAUGGAUGCCAAAGAGUCAGACAUGUCAGACACUCUGAGUCCUAGCAAAGAUCGCAGCAGUGACGACACAUCAGAUGGCAACAUGGAUGACCAGGAGCUGAAUGAACCACAGAACAGAGUAGCUCUGCUCAAAGCUGAGUUGCAUCGGGCCGGUCUAGAGCCUGGAGACACGGAGCAGGUCAUCCACCAUCUCCACAGAGAGCUUCUGGAGGCCCAGGAAUUAGCCAACACCGGCAAGCAGAAAUGUCUGGAGCUCCAAGCUCUGCUGGAGGAGGAGAGGAGGAGUAACUCUCAACUGACUGAGGAGUCAACCAAACAGAUCCAGUACCUGCAGACUCAGCUCGGGAAGCUGCAGGCUGACAUGGAGGCACUGAGGGAGCAGAGGGAGAGCACCAUCUGCACCACCAGAGAGGAGCUCUACUCCGCCCAGGAGGAGAUUCUCGUCCUGCGGCACGCCAUGGAGGCAGCAACGGCAGAGCGGGAGCGCGAGAUCGCCGCCCUGCAGGCCGACCUGGGCAGCGUGCGCUCUGAGCUGGAGCACUGGAGGAAUACAGCUUCCAAGUACGAGGAGGAGAUCAGUCGGCUGCAGGAGGCCUUCACACAGCAGCAACAGCAGCAGAACACCGCCAACCAGCUGCAGGUGGAGUGUGUUGCAUUGCAGCAGCGGUGUGUAUGUUUGCAGCAGGACUGUGACGGCCUGAGAGGUGAACGGAAAGCUCUUAUGGAAAAACUGCACCGCCUGGAGACUGAGCUGAGCAGCACCAGGGAGCAGAGCCUGGUCCUCAGCAGCAGUCUGGAGUCUCUGGAGAAGAGGGAGGAGGUUCUGCAGGACAAACUGGGUUCUCUGGAGAACCAACACCUGCAGGACGCAAGCAGGCUGAAGAGCCAGCUGGACCAGGCCCAGGCCCGCACACACACACUGCAGAGAGAGUAUGAAGACACACAGUCGCAGCUGCUGGACCUCCGUCAGCGCUACGAGCGAACAGAGCAGGAGAAGCGGAACAUCCACCAGGAGCUGGAGCAGUGUAGGAGCAGCCUGAAGCUGCUGCAGGACAAGACCAGCUCUCCAUCCAUAUUGCAGCCUGUCCAAGCCAUAUUCAUGGGCCUUGUCCUGGCUCUGCUCUACUGGUGUUUCGGCCAGUUGUGGUAGAAAGAGCGGCUGGAGCCCCUGGAUGCCGGUCAUCGCAGUGAUGGUCGCCGUGACGGCAGCCGUCCUCUACCCCAACCUCUCCAAGAGCAGCUCCACCUAGGAAACAUGAACACACACACAUAUACACACACACAGAUAUACACAUAUACACACACAUACACACACACACACGCACAGCGCUGUGAGGAGAGCAUCACUGCUUUACUUGUAUAAAGUCUAAUUGUACAUAAUUGUAGAGGGAAUAUAAAGGUUGUGGUUUCUACAGAGGAUUCAGAUACUUUUUGUUUUAUUUUGUUUUUGUGUUUUUGUUUUUCUGCGACGGGGAGUUUUGUUGUCGUUUUUAUUCUCGGCUCUCUCUCAGCUUUGGUGGGGGCUUUUUGGUUUUCGUCUCUCUGCUGAUUUCUGGGUAACAAACCGUUCUCCAGCAGGACAAGCUUCCAGACAAAAAACCCGCCUGAGGUGACCUUCACACCCGUCCCAUCACACACCGGCAGGGCGGAGGUGAAUGCAACGCUUUCCAGCAGCACUCAGUGCAGUCAGGGGAACAUGAUCCACAGUCGUCACUGGAAACUGACAGGUCUGCAUCAGUGCACUGUUGAAUACAUUUCAUUGGCGAUCAGCGUCUGUUAGGGGCCAGUGUUUCCCUGUAGCGCUGUCUGACCUGCUUUAACUGGGCAGUCAGAGCUGCAGCGCUUCAUCAGUGUGUUUCAUCAACGCUGAGGAUAGUUCCUAGGCAGGACUGACAUUUUAAUAUUCACUAUCUUCACCUUUCUCUCCACUUUGAAGCAGCUUUUUUCAGCUUUAAUUUAACUCAUGAAAUUCUUCAUUGUUUUCACUGUCCUCCUAAAAAUGUCUCUGACAUCUUCAUCAUCAUCUGUCUCCAUUGCUCCAUCUAUUCCUCCUGGAUAUUAGCUGCCUAUAUACUAUAUAAUGCCUACAUGGUGCAUUUUCUUAAACAAAUUUGUCUUUAGUCAGAUGAUCACAAAUCAACUGACAAACAUCAAACUAGGGGCAGGAAGUGAUUCAGGCUGUUUUAUUCUGAAUUCAAACUGGAAAAAAUUAAAAACUCAAUCUGUAUCUGCUCGAAGUUAAAAUUCUCUUCCAUCAGUCCUAAAUUAAUUCAUUAAUUGUUGCAGCUCUUAUAUAAAUAACGUUUCCUGAGUGAAAGGUCAUCAGGGUCCAACUGCCCAGUUUUCAAAUGUAAUAAAAAGACAAUAUCUGCUGCAGAUAUCAGUAAACCAAUUAAGUAAAUGAAUACUUCAUGAAAGUCACCACAGAUGAAGCGGGAACAGUGAUGACGUGCGUCGGUUCACCUGGAUCAGUGUUGUAGUCGACCGUGUCCGAGUCUGCUGGGAAGUGUUCACAUAAAGGUGGUCCCAGGAAGUCCUGCUGUGUUGUGGUUUUAGUCGGCCAUGUUGGAUGUCUAACGUGGCGUUUUCUCUGUGUUUUUGUGUUUUUUCUUUCCGGGGCAGUUUGUGGGGUCGGGGUCGAAACUUGAAGCCAAAUUAUUAAAAUAAAAAUCAGAUUUAUUUUCUUUGUUUUUUUUUUUUUAUUAUUAUUUUGGGGACACAGAAAAGGGGUCAAAGUGCCUCUGAUGUAACUAACACCACAGUUUGUGUAUGUGUGCGGGCAAACGCAACCACACACACACACACACACACACUAUCCUUGAUAAACACACACAAACCCACACACUUAUCUUAUUAGACUGUCGGAGGUCUGUCAGUGUUGAGUGUGGAGAGAAGCUGUAAUCCACAAUGCCUUACCAGCUUUUUCUGAAGCUUUCAGCUGCUUCUCAUGGUCUUCAGUGGUGCAUAGCGUCAGCUCGCUAGGUUGGUUCACGACAGCUGAACCGCACCGAUGACAGUUGAUCAAACUGCACUGAUGAAGUCUGUGAGAUUGGGGGGGGGGGGGAGAUUGAAAGCUCAGAAAAAAGCUUGUAAGGGAACCUUGAGUCAAAAUUUAGUCAAAUCAUUAUUGUGGCUUCAUCAAUAAUUUCCAGCAGCUGGAUGAUGAUUUUUAGCCACGUUAGCGUCUCUUUAGAACGACGGCGUUUAGGUCUGUUGGCUCAGCACUCGGUCCAGAUUGAAAUAUCUCAGCAACUCCUGGAUGGAUUGAAACUUGGUUCCCAGAGGAUGAAUCCUAACGACUUGUCUGAUUUUCUGACUGAACAUCUAGCGCCACCGUCUGGUCAGAAUGCCAACGUGUCCAACUCUUGAGUUCACGACAGGAAGACUCAAAACCAACUGAAUUCUCAUUAUUAUAUUAACUGUUCGCAUGUUAGUAAGUCACUCCGCAGGGUUCCCUUUAAGCUACAGUAGAAUUCAGCACAAAGUACAACUGAGCUCAUGAUGAGUCCGACGAGCUCAGUCUAAUCGCCUCCGUACAGAGGAUAACGCCACGUUCGUGUCCACCCCGAGUUUUUGUAAUCACUACUUUUUGAACUUCAGGUCAACAUCCAAUAAUUAUGACCAGAAAACUCAUAUUUUUGUGAAAGCUUACAAACCAUCAGUGCUUAAUGAAUGGGAAUGUCAAAUGUCAUUUAAUCCAUAAAGUGAACUGAACACACUUGUAAUAGGUGUAUAGUGCUAAAUUGUCAAAGUAGGGUCUUUCCCAUCGCUACCAUCCAUCACAUAUGACAUGAACUUAAACCUUUCAUUUAUGGAAGCACAUGGUGUUUCCUCUGGUGCCUCCCUCAGGACAAACAGUGAAGAAUAAGAAGCUUUUCUUUCCAGUUUUCAUCCAUCCAGGAGCUUUUAAUUACUGCUGAGUAACAAAACUCAAACUGACAAAGUGUAACAGAGAAGAUAACUGACAGUAUUGUUUAAAAUUAGACCAAAAGUACUGAUCAUCAAUAUUGUUUUACAUGUUUCAAUAUAUUUGACCAGUUGAACGUUGUGGGCGUCACUCCUCCAUCUCCUCUUCAAACAGUUUAGCACGUCAGGUCUCUGCUCAGUUGUUUUUAGCAGAUAUUAAAUUAUUUCAAGGUGUGUGUGUGUGUGUGUGUGUGUGUUCACACUCUGGACUCUUGAGCAGCGUUUGUCAUCAUUCGUGUACUCUGUCUUGUCUCUGUGUUUAAAAAGAGAAAAAAGAGAAAAAAAAAAAAGACAACGAACAAAUAUUCCUGAUGUUUAAAGAGAAAAACACUACAGUACAGAGAGAGAAUUGUAAAAUAAAAUGUUAUUGAAUGAUGUGCUACUAGACUUAUUUUGUUAAAAUUGUUUAGAGAUAUGAGAGGGAGCUAUGUAGAGGAUAAUAUGAUGAUGUAUUGAUUAUGCAGAGCGAUGUUUGGAUUAAAGUUGUAGCAAGCUGACCCACCAAA